GCUGGCAAUGUAAAGACCAAUAGAAACAACUCCAGCUCCGCCAACUCAUAGAUGACGACCUUUCUAACCAAGUUUCGUAAAACAUUAUAGUAAAUAGUUCAAAAUGACCACUUCAAUUUCGAAAAAACGUAAGUUUGUCGGAGAUGGUGUUUUCAAGGCAGAAUUAAACGAAUUCUUGACUCGUGAAUUAGCUGAAGAUGGAUAUUCUGGAGUGGAAGUGCGAGUCACCCCCACGAAAACAGAAAUUAUCAUUAUGGCUACCAGAACGCAAAACGUUUUAGGAGAGAAAGGCAGGCGUAUCAGAGAACUAACAUCAGUUGUACAAAAAAGAUUUAAUUUCCCUGAACAAUCAGUAGAUUUGUAUGCCGAAAAAGUAGCUACUCGAGGUUUGUGUGCUAUUGCCCAAGCUGAAUCUCUGAGGUACAAGUUGAUUGGAGGCUUGGCUGUUCGAAGAGCUUGUUAUGGUGUUCUGAGAUUUAUAAUGGAAGCCGGAGCAAAAGGUUGUGAAGUUGUUGUUUCUGGUAAAUUGAGGGGUCAGAGGGCCAAGUCAAUGAAAUUUGUUGAUGGAUUAAUGAUUCAUUCAGGUGACCCCUGCAAUGAUUAUGUUGAUACAGCUACCAGGCAUGUAUUAUUGAGACAGGGAGUGUUAGGAAUCAAGGUUAAAAUUAUGUUACCUUGGGACCCAACUGGUAAAAUGGGCCCCAAGAGGCCUUUGCCAGACAAUGUGUCUGUAGUAGAACCCAAGGAGGAGAUAUUGCCACAGCACCCUUCGAGUGACAUUAAAGCUAUUAAACCUGAUGCACCAUCAGUUGCUGUGGUAUAAAUAACUAAUUUGUAAGGUUAUUUUCAAUUAAACAUUGAAAGUCCA